ACGCAGUCAGGCAGCCCUCAGCCCAAGCACCAGCCCCGUCCUGCUAGAGCAUCGAGCGUCGAUCAAGUGAAUUAUCUGAGUGUUUCUUGUGGUUGACAUCUGGCCGUGUUGUGCCUCUUGAAGGCGUCUACCCAGGACGUCUUGAAGGCCCCGCCACAGGUCGUUACCACACACACGACAGAUCAUUAACCUGUUCCCGCCACCGCCUCACAGAAUAUCAGAGAAGCCGGUGAUGAAGACGGCGGAGCUGCCGAGGGUGGAGGUGGAGCGGCAGUACUCUGACGUGAGACUCCUGGCGGAGAGCAGCGGCGUCCAGGUCUUCAGCGCCAGACGACUUCAACCUGGGGCCUCCUGCGUCGCUCUCAAGUGUCUUCACAAGGACACCACCAAGAAGAAAGACUUCUUCAAGGAAUUCUGUUUGAAUUACUACCUUGGUCUCCAUCCUAACAUAAUUACGUGCUUUGACGAAAAGUUUCAAACCAGUUCUUCCUACGUAUUUGCACAAGAACUUGCUCCGAGCGGUGAUCUGUCCCAACUUCUUGGCGAAGAUGGCUUGGGCGACGCCAGGACCAAACGCGUGGCGGAACAAAUUGCAUUUGCGUUGGAGUUUAUGCACAGAAAGAAUCUUGUUCAUCGCGAUGUUUGUUUAGAAAACAUCUUGGUGUUCGACCGAGAGCUCUCCCGCGUCAAGCUUGGAGACUUCGGCAGCACACAGGAGGCGGGAGCCCUGGUGAAGAAGCUGAAGGUUCGGUCCCCUUGGGCGCCGCCAGAAGUUAGUGUGGCCGUGUACAACGAGGGUUACCACGUCCACAGCGGCCAGGACGCCUGGCAGCUUGGCAUCCUCAUCUUCCUGUGCCUGACGGGGUCACAUCCGUGGUCAUCGGCCGACAUCACUGACCGUCACUACAACUCGUGGGUGGCCUGGCUCAAGCGUAAGACCACCAAGGUGCCGCUACGCUUCACCUGCUUCACUCCUCGUCUUCUUCGCCUCCUGCGACGCCUGCUGGAGCCCAAACCUGAGAAACGUGCAGGCGUGAAGGAGGUGUACAAGUACCUCUCUGAUCCCUGGCUCGUGAAAUAUAUGAAUCCUUUUCACUCUGUCUUGGACAAUAUUGGGUCGGUAGCCUUGUCUGGACAAAAGAAACCUUUAUUGAAACACAUAGAGACGAUGCUUGCCGAGCUGCUACGUCAUCACUUGCAUGAUUCAGCAGCUUGUGAUGAGCGAAACCAGACACGAAACUUGCAUUCAAUACCUCAGGAUGUCGUCGACUCUUCAAAUGAGGACAUUAGUAAAUCGCGAAGCUUCCUUGUACACAGCCAAACAUCUUGUACCUGAGCGUCUUAAAGCGGCAGCCAACCUAAUAACCUACACCAGUGACACCCACACUACUGGACUCACCCAGGCACUACUGGACUCCCCCAGGCACUACUGGACUCCCCCAGGCACUACUGGACUCCCCCAGGCAUUACUGGACUCCCCCAGGCACUACUGGACUCCCCCAGGCACUACUGGACUCCCCCCCAUGCACUACUGGACUCCCCCAGGCACUACUGGACUCCCCCAGGCACCACUGGACUCCCCCAGGCACUACUGGACUCACCCAGGCACUACUGGACUCACCCAGGCACUACUGGACUCCCCCAGGCACUACUGGACUCCCCCCAGGCACUACUGGACUCCCCCAGGCACUACUGGACUCCCCCCAGGCACUACUGGACUACCCCAGGGACUCGUGAAUGAAACUAUACCCACCUACCCAUUGAGUGCUUCUAUACAGUUCUAUAUAUAUACAUGUCAUAAAUGCCAGGCUAUAAACCUUAACCCAGUUAACAUUGUAUUCAGCACAUUUCCAAUAUCUUUAACGACAAUGACAAUGUAUGAACAAGAAUAUUGGGUACAGUACAAUACACGUGUGUUGUACGUGACCCGUUAAACAAAAUACAUUCCAUUUUGCUUAGA